CUGACAAUUACCCGCCCAGCAAACUUUCGGGAUAUUCUUCCCUCACCCGUCAAGCACGCUAUCUUCAACAAACUGGUAAACGGUCUGUGUCGCAGGUCAUAGCGGUAUAGAUUCCGGUUCCUGACAUUCUUCCCGACCGUGCUUUCGCUCUCCUUUCCGCUCCCGAACUCCGAUCCCCUAUCUCCUCAUGGCCUCAGCCGGGGGCUUGACUCGCCGAAGAGGUGGCGGUCGAGUCGCUGGCGCAGACGAGAACGAUGACAGCAGAGUCUCCUCGCCAGUCUCCAGAAAUGGUUCUUCCUUGGAUAACCGUAUUCCCGAGACGUCGUUCACCAGUACCGAGAAUGGACACAAGAUCGCAUUCGACCCCAGAGACCUCAGCGAGACCGAAGAACGAAGCAAGCAGCCCAAGCUGACGUUGAUGGAGGAAGUACUACUGCUGGGGUUGAAAGAUAAACAGGGUUACCUGUCUUUCUGGAAUGAGAACAUUUCGUACGCUUUGAGAGGAUGCAUUGUGAUAGAAUUGGCCCUCCGCGGUCGUAUUAGCAUGCAGAAGGAUUCUUCUCGACGGCGCUUCCCCUUGGCCGAUCGUGUGAUUGAAGUCGUCGACGAUACAUUGACUGGGGAGGUCUUGCUGGACGAGGCGUUGAAGAUGAUGAAAUCGAGCGAGAAGAUGAGCGUGAACUCCUGGAUUGAUCUCAUGAGCGGUACGUACGACUGGAUGCUCUCUAUGUUCGAUGUUCGAGAGGGCCCGGGUGCUAACGGGGGACGCGUGGCAGGUGAAACAUGGAACUUGAUGAAGAUUGGCUACCAGUUGAAGCAAGUGCGUGAACGUCUGGCGAAGGGUCUUGUCGACAAGGGCAUUCUUCGGACCGAGAAACGCAAUUUCCUCCUCUUUGACAUGGCUACACAUCCUGUCGCCGACGGCGGCGCAAAAGAUGACCUCCACCGUCGGGUGCGCAAUGUGUGCAGCAAUCGAACUGUGAUUCUUCCGCCUAACCAGUGGCUUCCUGAGGACUCCGAGUUCCGCUACCUGCGGACGAUCACGAUGGUAUGCGCAGCUUACGCCGCGAACGUCCUGGAAAACGCUCUGGUCACAAUGAGCCACGAGGCUCGAGAGAGAGCCUUUGCGCAGGUGGAUGAGUUACUGGCAGAGUACUCCCAGUGGCCAUUUGCCCGGCGGGCGGGUGGUUCGCAGGCAAUUGGAGCUAAUUUGGCGGGGGCAAUCAACGAGGAGGUGAACAAGGCUAAGGACAGAGAGCUUCAGUUGGAGAUUGUUGCAGCAUGUUUGAGCGUUUUCACUAGACUCGACUCCUUACUGUAGGAGCUUUCAUCUAUCACCCUCCUAUGUCUUAUCACUCUUUGCCUUCGCCAUCCAUCUUACUUAUUCCCCUGAUCCCUCUCCCAGAAAAUUUCAGCAGGAGUUCUUCUUUUACUUUGCUAUUUUGGCUACUGAGCAGUAGUUUCCGGCAUGCGGUUGGAAUC